CGAAAAGACGAGACAAAGGUUCCCCUGCUAUUAGGAGUCCAGACGACCCUACUGGUUAUCGCUCUUAUUUUGUAUAUUUGCCGCAUGGUCUCCAGGUUGCGACCAACUUUCAACCUCCACUGGGAUGAUUAUCUGAUCACCAUCGCGGUGGCCCUGGUUAUAUCAAGCUAUGGAAUUACCGUCCACAACAUCACCCUUGGAUAUGGACGACAUAUCGAAAUCCUCAAGCCCACUGAUGCGUCCCUAUACACCAAGAUGGUGUUCGUCAAUCAGAUCCUUUGGCAAUGGGGAGUGACGUUCAUCAAGCUCUCCGUUGCAGCAAUGCUGCUUAGGAUCCAAAGGGAUACUCUAUGGAGAGUCGGCAUGGGUGCGUGCAUUGUGUACCUCCUCGUCUCUGCCGUCGUCACGAUGACCUUACAGGUGACUGAGUGCAAACCAAUUGAGUUCUAUUGGAACAAAAAGACCAUCCAAGGAACUUGCCGGCCUCAACACGUCGUCUGGAACUCGGUCUUGGCGACGUCGAUUACCUUUAUAUUCUCUGACGUCCUAUUUGCGCUUCUCCCUCUCACCUUCAUCUUCUCACUUACCCGCCCUCUACGAGAAAAGUUAGUCCUCGCCUUUCUCAUGGGACUAGGGCUACUCUGCACGGUUGCUGGUAUCCGGAAGCUGUUCUACGUCUCGCAGGUCCACAAACAGAAUGAUGCGACAUGGGAUACGGUCGAGAUGGGACUGUGGGGUUUUACCGAAUCAUAUAUCGGCAUCAUGGCCGCGUGUAUCCCCUGCCUUCGUGCGAUGUUC